AUUUAUUUUUUGGCAGCAGACGGAGACACAAAGGAAAAUGUUCUCGCCAUCAGAUCGCGAGUAGAAUCCGAAGACGGAGCACUGAAAAUUGUUUGGUUGUCUCCUCAGUGAAAUUUCAGUCGCGAGCCAUUACGCAAACACAGAUUAGUGUGAGAUAUAGGAGAUCAAUCGAAGAUCUUUUGACUGCUGGAGGAGGUUUCUUGCGAUGGCUUCCACUUCGCUGACAUCCUGCGCCUUGUGCCAGGCCAAGGCAUCCCAGUUGUGCGCCGCCUGCCGGAACGUGGUCUAUUGCAGUCGGGAGCACCAGAAGGAACAUUGGAAGAAAGGUCACAGAUCGGAAUGCAAGUGCUUCGAAAUAGCCACCAAUGAGGUUUUGGGCAGGCAUCUAAAGGCCACCAGGGAUAUCAAAAUCGGAGAGCAAAUCUUGAAGGAAUCUCCCCUGGUCUUGGGGCCAAAAGUCGCCUCUGCUCCACUUUGCCUGGGGUGCCACAGAAAUCUUUUGGCUCCAGAGAAAUCCCGAGGUAACUACCACAAAUGCAGCUCCUGCAGUUGGCCUCUGUGUGGGAAGGAGUGCGAGGACUCUGUCCACCACAAGGCUGAGUGCCAGCUAAUGUCGGGUAGCAAUUUCCAGUCCAAAAUAAACUAUGUGCCUGGAGAGGAUGAGCGAAAGGAGUCGGCUUACUGUGUAAUCAUGCUGCUCCGUUGCAUGCAACUCAAAGCCAAGGAUCCCGAGGCCUUCCUCAAGCUUUACACCCUGGAGGAUCACCUGAAGGAGCGCCUGGAGACUCCCCUGUACCAAGUCUUACGUGCCAAUCUCAUCACCUUUAUAAAGACUGUAUUGGGCAUGAAGGAUUGGCUCGAGAUGGAUAUCCUGCGCAUCGCCGCCAUACUGGAUACAAACACCUUUGAAGUAAGACAACCCAGGGAAAGGAGAAAAAUCCGAGCUCUCUAUCCCGAAGCAGCAAUGAUCUCGCACGACUGUGUUCCGAAUAUGAGGCAUCGUUUCGAUGACGACAUGAACAUUGUCUUCCUCGCCAAGAGAAAGAUAGCCAAGGGAGAGAUUUUGAGCAUUUCAUACACACAGCCCCUGAGGAGCACCAUUCAAAGAAGAGUUCACCUGAGGCAGGCCAAGUGCUUCGACUGCUCCUGCGCCAGGUGUCAGGACCCCGAGGAGCUGGGCAGCUUUGCAGGAGCUCAAACGUGCCUCAAAUGCAAGGCAGGAAAGAUUAUAUCUCUGAAUCCCCUGCUGAACUCUGCUCCCUGGAAGUGUCAGCUGUGCAAUUAUAAGAGAUCAGCAAAGGAGGUGGUCACCUCAGAUGCCGAGCUUCAGCAGGAAUUGGAGUCGUUGGACAAAACGACUCCCGUUGCUCUCGAGGAAUUUAUUUAUCGCCAUCGUGCUGAUCUCCAUGAGACUAAUACCCACGUUUUGCAAGCCAAAUACGCUCUCACUCAACUGUACGGAAGUGCUCCGGGAUUCGGAAUGGAGGAACUUUCCGAAGAAUCGCUGAACAGAAAAGUGCAACUAUGCGAGGAACUUCUUAAUCUGGCCGACAUUUUCGAUGGCGGAUGGAGUAUAUUCCGGGGCAAUCUCCUCAUAGACAUGGAGGAAGCUUUAGUAACUCAGGCCCUCCGCUCGAAAGACCCAGUGGAGUGCGAGGAGAAGCUGAGAAACGCAGCGGAAAUGCUCAGGGAAAUUCGAAACAUCAUGAAGCACGAGCCGGAAACGCAACAGUUGUUGUUGGAACGCCAAGUAAUUCUGAAUUCUGCGCUUGAGCGCUUUGAACCACUUGAGAAUUAAGUAUCUAUUGCCGAGAUUUUGAUUUUCAUAUAUCCGCUAGUUGGAGAACUAAUCAAUAAGAAUAAAACUACCGAAAUGUGCAAACCAAAA